AUGUUGGAAGCUCAGCUAAAUGAUCCUGGAGCCCAACACCUAUUUUUUGGAAGAGCAUUCAUUGCGGGGCAGGGAGAAGGGGCAAAAUGCAUCAUUAGUAGCCGCAUUCAGAGGAGCCCUAUCCCAGAAACUCCCGAGAGACUGAAUCAAGGGGUGGCUCCAAAUUCACCUACGAAAGUACAGGAUGGCUUUGACUUGUACCCAAAGCCUGAGAAAGAGCAAAACUCCUCACUGAACACGGAUUGCGAGGACUGGAUAGACUUUCCCAAAAUGUGUCGUUCCAAUCAGGAGUAUUAUUUGAAGCUGGAAGAACUGAAGAAGGCCCACUUGGAGACUACGGCAAAACUGGAAAUCAUGUAUCGGCAUAAGUUGCACGUGAAAGGAGUACACCCACUGGGCAAUACAGAUGCUGUUCCCAGCAUCUGUCACAGAUCAACUUGGGAAAAGAGCUCAUUUCACCCUCUGAAUUUACAUAAAUCUUUUUCUGAGCCCGAUUUAAAUAAUCCUUUCAAUUCAAGUUCAUCUGGUGAAUCUGACGAGGAAUUAGAAUUGGAAGAAGAAAAUAUUAGUGAAACUGGAUCACUGAGAUGUGCUAAGGAGCAGAUUAAAAAAAUGUGGGAUGGGUUCUCUGUAGAAGAUUAUAUCCCUCAAACCAAACACAGCUUAUCAGAUUCAUUGGGCCUCAAAACAAGGAGACAGAAACAGAAAGAGUGGUCACCCCAGAUCACUGUGCCUAAGCCUUUUCAGAUGACUAUUAGAGAAGCUAGGAAAAAGCAACAAAAUGUUAAAUCAAAGUCACAGAUUGAAAUGGAAAAUAACUUAUUGAAGAAACAACUAGAGGAGGAAGCAGAAUGUCAAAAGAAAUUUCGGGCCAACCCUGUACCAGCUUCAGUCUUUCUUCCACUCUACCAAGAAAUCAUGGAACAGAAUGAAGAACGUAGGAAGUCUGUGAAAGAGAGAAGCAGAAAUAUUCUUUUGGCUUAUCAAAGACCAUUUAAGUUUAUUGAGAGGGAGGAGCAAAGGAAAGAAAUUAGAAAAAUGCAAUUAAAAGACCUUUCUUUACCUGAGAAGAAAACAAAGUUUUUCAAAGCAAAACCUGUUCCUAAAUCAGUUUACAGUCCAGAUGUUAAUGACAAGUUAAAAGAGGAGGAGCUCUAUAGAGAAAUUAGAAUUCGAAUGCGAGCAGAAGAGCUGCUGCGUAAUUCAUCCCUUCCCAACAGCAGGUUGGCUGAUAAAGCUGACAAUAAGCAAAGGAAACAGAAAUGCACUGAACAGAAAGAACUGGUGCAUAAACCAAGAAUCAAAACUAAGAUUCCCGAUUUUGAAACACUACACCAAAAAUUCCAAAAGCAGUUCCUUCAGCAGAAACGCAUGAAACACAUCACAGUCUGCGAGCCUUUCAAUCUUCACACUCCCCAUAUCCCAUCCAAUAAAUGGAAGAUUCUGAAGGAUAUUCAAACAGAUGAAGAAAAGUUAAAAGAAACACGCUGGCCAUAUACCUCUCCAAGAUGUAAACCUCAUAUGAGGUGUUCAAGUGCAAAUUCACAUCUGCUGGGAUGCGAGGAAUCUAAAUCUCCGAGAAUCACAGAAUCUACAAAAAGACGAGUCCAAGCUAUAAGGAAUUCACUUGAGGAAAAGAGAAAGCUGGAAGAAGAGCAAAAAAAGAGCAAAGCAAAGCAGAAACAAAGAGUGAAAAAACUGCAGAAACUUAUAAGAAUUCGAGCUGAAGUCAAUGACCCACAUCAAAGCCUAGCUCAGAUAUUUAAAUCCAAAGUAAAAACCUACAGGAUGCAUGAGAAGCAGAGAAUGCAAGAGUAUCUGCAGGAGAUGGAAGAAAUGGAAGAAAGAAGAGUGACUCAGAAAAAUGCCAGAAUAGCAGCAGAAAAGCAUUACUCUGAUAUACUAAAAGAACUCAGGUUGUGCGAAGACUUUAUUUCAAAGAAGGGUCAGACUCCUAAGCUUCUGUAUCAUUCCAGUGAUGAAGACUUUAAAAGAUAUACAGAAGACAGAGAAAGUCUUAAUGAGGAUAAAAUACAAGAAAGAGAAUCCUGUAAGGAGGAGGAACCAAGCCCACAGUCUGACCAAUCCUGUGAGGAAGAGGCAGGAACGAGACAUCAAUCUGACCAAUCCUGUGAAGAAGAGGAAGAGAAAGCAAGCUGUCAAUCUCAUCAGUUCUGUGAUGGGGAAGAGGAAGAGGAGGCAAGCCAUCAAUCCCACCAAUCUGAGGAGGAGGAGCAGGUAGAAGUGGCAAGCACUCUGUCUGAUCAUGAUGCUCUCAAAUAUGAGGAUGAAAAGUAUGAAGAAUGUGGUUCAGAAGAAAAACCUAGUGAUAAUGAAGCUGACUGAAAAGAGAAGGAGGUCUGUCUGCCUCCUAUUACUUCAGGCCUAGUGUUCAAAACACAUUUCAUUGCUGACAGUGGAAGAUAUGCCAAAGAAAAACCUAACUCUGUAAUAGGGACAUUUUGAAUUGUGUAUGUUUGGGACUUUCGUGAAUUUGAAAUUAUAAUACUCUAGGGUGCUGAAGAAUAAGGAUUUUAUUCUAAUGAGAAAGAACUAACUAAUUUCCAUUCAGUGGAUACAGUUGUUUUGUGUGCCUUGUUCUAGACUUGGAGAGUACAAGUGCACCUUGGUUCAUAAGAAACAUUAUCCAUGGUUUAAAACGAUUGAAUUUCUUGUGUUCCUGUUGAUUACUGCUUUGGAUCUUCACAUGUCUAGCUCAGCCUUGAUACUGGCAAAAUAAGGAGAAGCACAUCCAUCAGAGAAUUUUUUUUUUCAUUCCUAAGCCAAGGUUUUAAAGCAACAUUGCUUCUUACUUCCAUAUUUUUGGAAUCUUCUCAAUUUUAACCAGUGGAAUUCCAUGUAUGUGACUCCCUUAUUAUUGGAAGGUCUUCUGGAAAGCCGACUGCCAGCAACAAUCUUCUGUGCAACUGGACUUCCUUGUAACUGUUUCCAAUACCUAAAUUAUAUUGCAAGGAAUAUUUAUAUAUAGUGCCCCAUUUGCUUCUAAAAUAGGGAUUAAAAUACAAUUAGAACAUGUCAGGUUCCUCCAUUUAAACUCCUGCAGGUAUUUCUAAUGCUAAAAGAAGGGUGGGUUCAGGGAACAAAGUCAUAUCAUAACAUUCUGAAGCAGAACUUCAUUUUUUUUACGCUGUAGAUUAUGUGUUAGUGUCUAAUCAUAGUUUCAAAAUGAUGUGUUCUCUGUAUUAUAAUUUGUGUCUUUUAUCCAUGCUUUUUGAAGAACUGUUGCAAGAUUACAUAAAAUAAUUCAUUACAAUGUAAAUGAUUACAUUAUAUUAAGAACGCUGUAGUCUUUAUUUAGACAAUUAAGAGACACUGCACAUUGGAAAAUUGAUAUUAGUGCAAAAAUUCACUUCUGCAGCUGUUUUCAUUUUUGAUGGAAAGUUUUUUAGUAUAGCUCCUCUUUGCAU